CAGCGGGGCGCCAGGACAUUGAAGCUGCGCUUCCCCACCACGUGGCUUCAACAUGGCUGAGUUUGUGGACCUGAAUAUUCCCCACUUGGCGGAGAAGGCGUCUCUGCAGAAGCUGGUGGAGGCAGCAGCGCACCGUGAGUGGGCAGCGGGCAAAGAGCGAGCGGGGGCGGGGGGAGGAAAUGUCUGGCUCUGCACCCCCAGCUUGGCUCUGCAUGCCCCCCUCGCGGGUUUGGGAUGCCUGCCUUGCCCCUUGUGUCGAUGCUCCAUCUGCGCUUUUGGAAAGGAUAACGCGCGGGGUUGUGCGCGCGCGUGCCUUUGCUGCAUUCUUAAAUUGGGAGUAAUUUUUUUUCUUUUUAAAAAGCUACGUACAGAGUUUUUAAUUGGAGUUCAAAUCUUCAUUCCCGUCCUCCCACCCCCAUGAGCAAGGACUUAGGCGCGCCUCUGCUCCCUCUCAGCCCGCGCGCUCAGGCUCCGAUCCCCGGGUGCGCGGGGAUGAUCAUUUUGUUCCUCGAGACGACAUGGUUCGUAAGGAUCGCUGGCGACACGUUGUUGGGCAGGACUUGCCUCGGUUUGCCCAGGAUUUCAGGGUCGUCCCUAAAUGGUCGGAUUGGGGAAGGCUCGGCACAUGCGCUCAGAGCAGGAGCACAGUCCCUAACGCCGAUUUUCUUUUUAAGAAGCCGAAGGAAGGCUUACUUUGAUGGUACCUGAGAACUUCUGGCACACUGAAAUAGACCUGGUGUUAACUCCUCAAAAUCAGUACAAGAAUGAUUUGUUUUGGUAGCAAGGUUUCCUAGACAAGGAUAGAAGGGUAGAAAUAAAACCACUGCAGCCGGGGAGCUUUUUGUCUGUAGGAUGUGUUUUAAGAAACUGCUCCCUUCUCCCUCCCAGAUCUAAGCUGAAAUAUGGUUCUGGUAGUUAGAGGAGAUAAUGUUUUUGGGGCUUCUUUUACUGGGUUACUGGCAGAUCCUGACAUGCAACAAAGCUACACUUGUUUUCGUUGUAUCAAACGUGAGGAAUUCUGUUUAUUCAUUAGAAGUAUUUAUACCCUGGUUUCCAGCCCAAAAAAAGUAUCAGGCUUUCUUAUAAACAAAUAAAACUAACUGCCUAACAUAUUCCCUUGUCUUGGACUUAGAAUCUGAAAAAGACAUGACACAAAAAGGAAAGGAUGGAGAGGUGAGAGGAAAGCAAGCAAGCAAACUCAUACAAUCCUGAAUAGCAAUUGCUAUUGUUCCUCUGAGUUGUGCAUCUCUGAACAUGACGACUCAAUUCUAUCCAUUGUUGUUUUAAUUAUUAUUAUUAUUAUUAUUAAAAAUUGCCUGUGCUUUGCUUUUUAGUUGGCUAUUCAACUGUUGCAAUCAAUUACGUCGUUGACUAUGAUGAAAAGAAGAAGGUAGGACUUUUUAUUUUAAAACACUAUCGGGGCUUGUGCAGGUGUGGCAAAGCAGACCGUUAUAGAAACUUUGCUGAAUUGAGAGAUGACUGCAAAAGAAGUAGUGGGAGAGUUGUAUGCUAGCAGCGAUCAUGCUGCUAAUUACAUACUAUACAGGUGUGCCUUUCUUCCCUCUGUUGUAUAUAUACUGAACAUGCAGAAGAGGAACAAGGGCACUGAACUCACUCCAUAGGCCCAUGCUCACAGGGGUGUGUGUGUGUGUUAGGGGUCUUUUUCACGUGCUCAUUUUGCAGCUCUACCCAAAUGCAGGACACGGGUGACGCUGUGGUCUAAACCACUGAGCCUCUUGGGCUUGCUGAUUGGAAGGUUGGCGGUUCGAAUCCCCGCAACAGAGUGAGCUCCCGUUGCUCUGUCCCAGCUCCUGCCAACCUAGCAGUUUGAAAGCAUGCCAGUGCAAGUAGAUAAGUAGGUACCACUGCAGCGGGAAGGUAAACGGUGUUUCCGUGUGCUCUGGCACUUGUCACGGUCCUCCAUGCACCAAAAGCGGUUUAGUCAUGCUGGCCGCAUAACCCGGAAAGCUGUCUGUGGACAAACACCAGCUCCCUCAGCCUGAAAGCGAGAUGAGUGCUGCAACCCCAUAGUCACCUUUGACUGGACUUAACCAUCCAGGGGUCCUUUACCUUUUACCAUUUUACCUCUACCCAAAUGGAGGAAGUCUCACCACCCCCUGUGUAAAAAUGGUAUUGUGGUUGUAGUAGGACACCCAGAUUAAUGGUAAUUCAACUGACACAUUGGGAAAUAGGCUCAGCAGUGUGAGGAGUUUUGAUAAAUUCUCCUCCCUCCCACUUUUGUUUAUGGAAUCAUUUUUCUCGUUGAUGGACAUGCUUACCUGGAGGUAAGCCCCACUGAACUCGGUUGGGGCCGCCACACAAAAAAAGGCUGUGGCGUAGCCAUAAUGGCUGCUAUAAGCCACUAGUCAUUAAGCGUCCAUGGCAGUGGCUUUCAAAUAUAAACACUCCUGUAUCACGUGAUUUCUAGCUGUGCUUCAGAUUGGGCGGGAGAUAAAAGUGUGCUUCGCAUAUGAGGAGGCUGGUGCUGAGUCUUUAAGAAAACUCUGAAAUUCCAUCUUGGCUGAAGUUGAACGUGCACCAGAAAACAUAAAUGAGCAUGAUCAGCACAUUUGAGCCAUUAGUGCAUUUCACUGUCGUCAUCUUUCACAUGAGCAUGGAUUUCACACUCAUUAACUUUGGGAGUAUUAUGCCCAACCAGUGGGAUGUGUAUAGUACAAAAAAGGAAUCGUAGGGUUGGAAGGGACCACGAGGGUCAUUUAGUGCCAGAUUUCUUUUUUGCCCAACAUAGGGCUCAACUGACUGAGCUACCCCAGCCAGUCUGAGUGCUUCAGUGGGUCUGAUCAUAAAUGUGUCUGUAUAAGCCCUGAUUUUCUUACAUGUUUAUAUGCUGUUAGAGUUUCCUAGUUAGAAGCAAAAAAGCUGACUUGAAGCUGCAAUCCUAUACGCUCUUACUGGGAUCAAAUGCUAUUAAACCCAAUUGGACUCAGAAGUGAAUAGACAAUGUAUAGGAAUGCACUUUAAAUGUAAGUCUUCACGACGAAGCCUUGUGCAACAUAUGUUUGUCAGGAGCUCUGGAAUUUGGCCCACCUGCUACUUCUCCAGUCCAGCAAGCACAGUGUAUAAAAGAUCCCAUUCAUCUUAGUUUGGUUGCUACUUUACAUCAUUGUGUGUGUGUUUUUAAAAAAUAGCUUCCUAGCUUUUGCUUACAUGCUUCAUUUAAAACAACUAAGCAUGUUUGUGUGUUGUUUAUUUCCAGGAAAUUGUCAAGCCAUUGUCUCCCAAAGAAUUGUUUACAGCCCUGCCUCUUGUACAGGUAUGUCCAGAUGUGUUUUACUAGCUAUAAUUUGUUCUCAAGGACAUGUUUAGAGUAUCUAUUGAAGGCAGUGAUGUGGGUUUUCGGGAUAACUUUUUUCUGUGGGGAAUUUUUCUGGAAAAGGAGAGUCAUUUGCAUCAAAACAUUUCCUAUGUUCCUUAUUUGACUUACGUACUUCCUUUGAGAUUUAUUGUUGCUAUUACUUAAAACAUGGAAAUAGUAGUAGUAGCAGCUGUACAUUUUAGUACUGACUAUGCAAAGAAUUCUGGGAACUGUAGUUUCUUAAGGGUGCUGAGAGGUGUUGGGAGACAGAGCUGCAUCUGAUGGGAGGGCGUUCCACAGGGUGGGCGCCACUACCGAAAAGGCCCUCUGCCUGGUUCUCUGUAAUUGACUUCUCGCAGUGAGGGAACCUCCAGAAGGCCCUUGGUGCUGGAUCUCAGUGUCCAGGAAGAAAGAUGGGGGUGGAGACGCUCCUUCAGGUAUACUGGGCCAAGGCCAUUUGGGGCUUUAAAGUCAACACCAAGACUUUGAAUUGUGCUCGGAAAUGUACUGGGAGCCAAUGUAGGUCUUUCAAGACCGGUGUUACGUGGACUCGGCGGCCGCUCACAGUCACCAAUCUAGCUGCCGCAUUCUGGAGUAGUUGUAGUUUCCAGGUCACCUUCAAAGGUAGCCCCACAUAGAGUACAUUGCAACAAGGAAGCAGGGGGGUAAUUAGCAGAAAUGUUCAACUGUCUCACUUUCCAUUGAUAGAUUGCAAUUUAAGGGUAAUUCUGAGUGAAGUUGUUAGAAGUGGGCUUGUAAGCAAGGAGCUGCUUAACUGCAGCAGUUAUAAGCGUCUUCAGUGAAAACUAACUGAGUCUUCUCCACCAGGAGCAGAGUCCUUGAGUCCUCGGUGUAAGGGCUUAUUACUUGACUAUGAACAGCACAGUUAUAGCUCUUUUGUCUGACUAAAAAUAGACCUUGGUUGCCAACACUCCUGACGAAUUAAAGAAAGGGCAAAGAUACAAGAUUUGUGUGGGCACCAAUUCUGAACACAGCAUCAUUCUUCAUUUUUGUAUUAAUGAUGAGUAGGAGGCAUGUUGCCAAGGUUUCUGUUUCACUCCUUUUCCUCACGGCUGCUUCUCUUCUUCUUUGCAGGGGAAAUCCAAGCCAAUUAAGAUUUUAUCAAGGCUAACACUUGUUGUUUCUGAUCCAUCGCACUGCAAUAUUCUAGUAAGCUUAUGAUGCAGUUCACAACCUUUUCUAUUUCACAGACGGAAGAAGAAGAAGAAGAGUGGCUUAGAAUCUGUUGUGCUUUAUAGUGAUAGACUACAACUUUGCUGUAGGGGAUGUGGGUGGCGCUGUGGGUUAAACAACAGAGCCUAGGGCUUGCCGUUCAGAAGGUCGGCGAUUCAAAUCCCUGCGACGGGGUGAGCUCCCGUUGCUCAGUCCCUGCUCCUGCCAACCUCGCAGUUCGAAAGCACAUCAAAGUGCAAGUAGAUAAAUAGGUACCGCUCCGGCGGGAAGGUAAACGGUGUUUCUGUGCACUGCUCUGGUUCGCCAGAAGCGGCUUAGUCAUGCUGGCCACAUGACCCAGAAGCUGUAUGCCGGCUCCCUUGGCCAAUAAAGCGAGAUGAGCGCCACAACCCCAGAGUCGGUCACGACUGGACCUAAUGGUCAGGGGUCCCUUUACCUUUACCUUACAACUUUGCUGACCUCUGGAACUCUCUUCCACAAGAAAUUUGAAUGGCCCUCAAUGUCUAAAUUUGUAGUUUUUUAAAAGUCUAGUCAAAUUUGCAGACAGUGAAGAAAAUCCAUAGUUCUUGAGUAAUAAAUGCUCUAGAAUUGUCAGAAACUUAAGAAUGGUUGGCAAGGCAUGGAACAUCACCACCACCUUCAUAAAUGUCUACCAAAGGUACUAGUUCACAAUAUAAUUUUACUAAUGUGCCUGCCAGCACAUCUUUUCGUUAUUUAUGGAAGAAAUGUUACACUGGCAAUCUGGGGGGAAAACUGCAGUAAAAACUUCUUUGUUUGCCCAUUUGAAGAUACUGACUUCUCUCAGGAAAAUGGUUGUCUACAAGUGAACCUUGUGCUGAAGAAGCAGCUUCAGUUUUUUGUAGCUGGAGUCAAUCAGGGCAUCUCCCUCCCAGGCCAGAUGAAAAAAGGCCUACAUCUAGCCAAUGUUGGAUGGAUCAACCGGCAAUCUGCCUUCAUGAGCAGUGGAAAAACUGGCCUCGCUUGCGCACCAUGGUAAACCAAAUUUACCAGGACUGCAAAUGUGCCCACUCAGAGGCAUUCAAGCCUGCUUUGCUUGCCUCCAGUUUUGUUAGCACAGCGCAGGAGCCAAGUCAAGGUUUGGCUUAGUGUAUCAUCCGAACCUGGUAUUGUGGUUAAAGUGUCUCUUCCUCAACCACGAUCUGUAGCCAAGGUUUGUAGUCUUGGCGGUGAGCUCUUCUCUGGGAGCCAACAUGCUUGAAAACCGCAUUUUCCCCGAUGGAGAGAAAGCAGUUUGUAUUCUAAACUUCCCCCAGCACUUUGAAUGCAAAUUGCUUUCUCAGGAGAGAGGGAAACACUCCAUUUUUUGACAGGGCAUUUCCCCCACCCCCUUUAGAAAGUGCAUUGGAUUUAAAGUGCUGGAGGAGACACGUUGGCUACAAGCAGCUUCUUCCAGUCCCUUCAGUUACAGUUCUCUGCUGUUUGUUGGGGCAUUGGCUGAGAUGGGCUAUGGCCAGGCUUAAAGCACCAGCUUAAAUGGCUAGUCUGAAAAAUGUUUUUUUUUUUAAUGUUACACUUUUUCUUUUUUCUGCCCUAGAGAUCGACAUCUACUAACAUAAAAUUUUAUGACAUCUUUGCUGUGUUUCCUAAGAGUGGAAAACUCUUUCAUGUAAGUUUUUAAAAUUGCUUCCCUCCCCCUCCCCCCAAGCAUUUGAAUUGUGAAGGAAGUUGCAAAAACUCAGAAGCUGCUAAUGGCACUGCUAAUGCCUGAUCUUACUCUUUAUUUUUUCAUGUGGUGUAGUUGCUGCUGUGGAUCACAGGUCUGCCAAUGGGCAGCUCAGUGAUUGAUGCCCAAGAGCAGGGGUCAGCAAACCUUUCCAGCAGGGGGCCAGUCCACUGUCCCUCAGACCUUGUGGGAGGGCAGACUAUAUAUAUUUGGGGGGGGGGUGAAUGAAUUUCUAUGCCCACAAAUAACCCAGAGAUGCAUUUUAAAUAAAAGCACACAUUCUACUCAUGUAAAAACACACUGAUUCCUGGACCAUCCACUGGCCAGAUUUAGAAGGCGAUUGGGUCGGAUCUGGCCCCUGGGCCUUAGUUUGCUUACCCCUGCCCAAUAGUGACUCUCCCCAAGCCACUUGCAGAUUAUUGACUCGCUCUGUGUUUUCGCUAAGACAGGCCCUCUGAAAGCUGCUUGCUUGUCAGUCAUCUGACAUCACAGUGAUGUCAGAUGACCCAAAGGGACAUUUUUCCUUGGUGGCCACAGCUCAAGCUGCAUCUGAUGAGAAAGACUUCCUGGACUGGACAUAACAAAAAACUGUAGCCGGACAUGUGCUUCCUUCAUAUUGGCUUAGUAAGCCAAGAUACUGUUGUCCAAACACAUUUGUGAGGGGCUUUGAAGUGUUCAAAGUGCUAUAUCGGGCUGGGAAGUCUUGGGCCUACAGGCCACAUUUGGCCCUUCAGACCUCGUAUCCAGCUGCUGAGACUCUCCCCAGGCCACCAGCCUUCUCUCUAGGCUACCCCCUUCACUUCUCUGCCUCCUCAAGGGCUUUGAACUGUGAGAGUGACUCUUGUUUGCUCUCCUGCAUGAGAAUCUCUGAUGUAGCCUGUUCUACAGAGGUUGGAGUCAUGUCCAUUGUCCCAACCUUUUGUCUUUCUCAGUGCAAGAAGGUUUAUACCCACAAAGGGAAUGCAUCCCGCAGGGUUACAUGCAUGCUACUACUGCUUCUAAUGGAGAUUUCUGUUCUUUCUGAUGUGAGGAGAGAUUUCACUGAACGCUGCUUCUUGGGUGAAUGCCAAGGCAAGAGAAAAAAUACUGCUAUUCUUUAUCUAGCAACAAUAUGGGGUUUUUAAAUUGUAAACGUACAACAGUUGCACACUGGGGCAGGAACUAGAUGGAUUUUCAAGUUGUAUAUUUGGUAUGGAGAGCAGUCCUGUAUCCAGCAGAUGGCGGUGUUGCCUCUUGUUAAAGGAAGGAAAUAAUUUUUCCAGAAUAAUAGGCCAUAUUUCAGCAUUCUUCCCACCUUGCCCUCACCCCUACCCCAAGGUUUUCUUUUCUCUGCAUACUUAGUAUUUUAAAUCCCUACAAGUCAUGGAAAAAUUGAGAGUUUGUACAAAAGCCAGUGGCUAAGUUUCCUUUUCUAACAUCGUCGUUCCAGACGAAUGUUGGCCAGCUUUGCUGCUGCUGCAGUUUGAAGAACUCCCUUUAUUGUGGGUUUUGUGUCCCUGGCUGAUGCAGAUUCUGUUUAAGAUUCCUUUUGAUGGUGUGAAUAAUUAUGUUGCCACGGUUUCAAGAAUGGAAUCAGCUGAGUUUUCUUUCUGGUGGCAAGGAAAUUGCUAGCUGUCGAGCUUUAACACUGCCCUAGACACUCCCUGAGGGCCCUUGGACAAACUACAUCCUCUGUCCUAGCCUCUCUUCUGCAGUGCUGUCCUGCCUUACGGGGUUAUUGUAAGGAUCACUGUAUGUGACGCUCAGGAGGGGAAAGCCCAUAGAUAUACUACGUUUUGAUAUUAUAUGACGGGAGUGUAUGUGCUUUCCAAAUUCUCUGGUACAUAACCUUUUCUAGUUGGAUUCCUCCUUUGCAUUCCUUCGUCUCAGUUAGACUACCUCCCCAAAGUUUCGGGACUCGUGAGGAAUGUGUGAUGGGGGGUGGUAAACGGAUAUUCCUAAGGGCUGCAGCUCAGUGAGGUGUUCAAAGAGAACCUCCCUCAUCUUUUGGCUCAGAAAUAUUCCUUCCUUCCUCUCAGCAGUUAGAGGUACUGACAGUUUGCUCCAGGGUUUUACAUACCAUCAUUAAGUGUAUGAGAUCUCUGCUCUUUGAAUGCUGCCCUUUCCGCCCUGACCUCAACAUUCAAUGCUGGAAGAAUACACUAGGUCCAUUGCAGGGAUGAAGAACCUGUGGUCUGCCAGGUGCUGUUGGGCUUCGUUUAGUUUAUAUACCGCUUCACACGUCAGCAGAAAUCUCUAAGCAGCUUGUAUAUCUCAACAAAAUGGUACCGAUGUAAGAAAUGCAGUUCGGAUUCUGCAUUCUGUACCUCACAGCAGUUCCACAUUUUAAGUAACGUAAUUAAACAACAAUAAAUGUUUUUAGACAAUGUGCAUUUGUAAAGACAACUUAAGAGCCACAAAAGCAGAUCCUGUGGAAAACAUCAAAAUGCAGCAUAAUUAUAGUAUAAUAUCUUGGAAAUCUCGUACAUCUUAUAAAAAGAAACACAUAAUCAUACCGUCUCCAAAAUCACAUACACAUUCACAGUACACAAAACUAUUAACGUAAACACAACAGCCCCCACAUACACUUGAUUCAACCAUCAGGCUCUCUGUACACCCACCCAAUCUACUCAGUUCUCGCUUCAACAAAACCCUUAAAUUUUCAACUAAGAAUAAUCAACAUACAGUGGUGCCUCACAAGACGAAAUUAAUCCGUUCCGCGAGUAUCUUCGUCUAGCGGUUUUUUCAUCUUGCGAAGCAACCCGAUUAGCGCUAUUAGCGGUUUAGCGGCUAUUAAAGGCUUAGCGGAUUAGCUGCUAAAAGGCUAUUAAAGGCUUAGCGGCUUAGAAAAAGGGGGGGGAGCGGAAAAAAAAAUCUCAAGACUCGCAAGACAUUUUCGUCUUGCGAAGCAAGCCCAUAGGGAAAUUCGUCCUGCGAAGCAACUCAAAAACGGAAAACCCUUUCGUCUAGCGGGUUUUCCAUCUUGCGAGGCAUUCGCCUUGCGGGGCACCACUGUACGGAAUAGAAGCGAUCCAGUAAAACUGCUUAUAUCCAUCCUAUGAAGAUGGGAGCUGACAAUGUUGGCUAAGACUGAUUGGAGCUACCAUUCAGCCAUGCCUAGAAGGCCACAGCUUUCCCCAUCCCUUGUCUGGAGUAGAGUCCUUGGGUGCUAACUCUUUCCUUGACACUUGGGCAACAAUUGCUUUCCUGUCAGCUAUUCUGCUGCAGGGCACAAUACUAGAACUUGUAGGGGAACUAUACAAGUAUGUCAGUGUCCGGCUUUUUUUAAAAAAAGUAACCCUCUGCUUUCAAAUUUACAAUACAGGUGGCCUGCACAACCUUAGAUGUAGAUAUUGUGUGCAUCAACGUAACAGAAAAGCUGCCGUUCUACAUCAAGAGACCCUCUGUGAAUGUGGUAAGGCGGCCUGCAAAUGUCGUGCGCAGUCCUGACAUUCCUCUUCUUUCUCCUUGUGUUUUUCUGCUUGUCCAUUAACAGUUUUGUCCUCUGUGGAGAAGCAGGUCAGGUAUCAUGUUAGAAACACAGAUAUAUAAGCCCAGGCACCCAAUGGAUUCUUAAAUCAGGGUUACAGUUGCCAAAACGGAGUGCCUAGUUGCACAUUUGGGGGCCAGGCAGCUCGAAAAUUGGAUUCUUCAAUAUGACUUUUUUGGUUCCUGAAAUUCAUUCUGAUUGGGCAGGUAAAAUAUAAUGGAUAGAAUUCUACAGUAAUUAAGCAGUAUAUAAAUAGCAUUAAUUAAUUAACAAGGUGGGCAUGAGGUUUUGUGGCACUGCUUGGACUUUUAUACACCCUGCCAAAAUCCAAAUUCUCCUGUUGAAACUUUUUUUAAAAAACAGAAGAAGCAAUACCAGAUUUGCAGAGGAGUGGAAUUGCCAAACACUUUACAGUUUGGAAAUCCCAAGUGCGUGAGCAUGGAAUACUGUGUCCUUUUUAUGUUAUGUGUAUCAGAGGAGGAGGAGGAGGAGGGACUUUUGCUUUUCUAGAGAGCCAUUAACUUUGUCCCACUGGAUGCCUCUACUUUUUGGAGGAGACGAGACAGCGGGGAAAACACAUCCAUAAUAUACAAUAGCUGUGAGACGUUGACUGUGUCACACUCCCUUCAGCGUCUGUUUGCUUUUCUUUCAUGUGAAGGCAAUAGAUCGAGGCAUCUACUUUGAACUUAUUUAUGUGCCUGCCAUCAAAGACUCCACAAUGAGGAGAUACACGGUUUCAAAUGCACUCAGCCUGAUGCAGAUCUGCCGAGGGAAGGUGAGGCUCAAAACGAGCAGGUUUGCCCCACUUCUUUUUCGUCAGAACUCCCCCCCCCCUUCCAGUUAAUGUUGUUUUGAAUUAAGAAUAGGCAGCUUGAACUGUUCCCCUUUUCCUUCUGUUGGUCUUCGAUCACCGCAGCAAAUGAUGCUUGUGUGAGAGCUCGGUGUGACUGAUAUGUUUCUGACUUUGCAAACUUUCUCGGGAAAGCUGUGGAACUCCUGAAGGAGGGCAGACUGUUAACAUCAGAUUGCCUGUUGAAGGAAGGAAGGGGAGAGGGGAAAUGUCUGGGUCACUGCCGCUUAACAAGAGUGUCUUCUCAGCAGAAUUUGGGCCAUCCUAAAACAGGAGCCUUGAAAUAUGUUUGGGGCUCCGGUGGGGAAGGUUUCAGGAAGAGGGUGCUUUUUAUUAGCCUCUGUGAAACCUUCCCUCUCUGUCAGAACAGAACCUCAGCACUUUAUGGCUAUUUUUUGAGUAGGGGGAGGUUGUGGAGAGUAAGAGAAAGAGAAAGAGAAAGAGAAAGAAAAGAGGUCCUCCAUCGAUCUCUUUCCUACCUAUUUAAAACAGGAAAGUGUUUGGGGUUGUUGUUGUUUUAAGUGCAUGGUGCAUACAUAGCCUGCUGCCGUCCUAAGAGUAAUCCACAACUUCGGGAGAUUAUAAGAUUUGAGUAGGGGACCUUAAGCCCUUCAGAUGCUGCUGAACUAUAACUCCCAUCAGCCCCUGCAAACAUGGCCGGUGACCAAGGAUGAUGGGGAUUGUAGUUCAGCAAUAUCUGAGGGACCCAGUGUCCCCCACCCCUUCUCAAGUAGACCAACCCCUCCCCCUUUCUUCUGCUUCAACUAAGCAGCUAAUUAAUUCAAUAGGUCCUGAAAGCCACAGAGAAUGGGUCCUGUGCUUCUUACUUUUAAUUGGCAGACCAAUAUUUGUCUGCAUGCCUGUGGGAUCAGCGAAGUUCUGUCCUGUGUGGGUGGGGGCCCAUUUCAUCCCCAGCUGAUGGGCCCCAGACUACCACCCCCAUGCCCAUGACAAGCAAAAGCAGAAGGGGUGCUUGUCUUAUUCAUCAUUUUGUUCUUGCCGGUCGUGGAUGUUGUGGUUUUGAAUUAGGAUGAGUCAGGUUUGCAUGAAAUAAUGUAACCUAUUCCAGUUUUUUUCUGAGAAUAUAUUCUCCAAAGUCCAUGCCAUGUUUUUUAUUAUUUAUAGCCCACUGUUCCCUCCUGGAGCUGAAGCAGCAUACAGUCAUACCUCGGCUCCCAAACGCCUUGGGAGUUGAGCGUUCCAGCUCCCCAAUGAUUGAAAACCGGAAGUGAGUGUUUUGGAAGCCGAACGUCUGAUGGGGCUUCCACGGCUUCCGAUUGGCUGCAGGAGCUUCCUGAAGCCAAUCAGAAGCCGCAAUUUGGUUUUGGAAUGUUUCGGAACCGAACGGAUUUCCGGAACAGAUUCUGUUCAGCUUCCAAGGUGCAGCUGUAUAUGGCUUCUCCCCCACCCACCCCAACACAUAGGCCUGUACAUACAUGCACUACUUUAUCCUCACGACAACCCUGGAAGAAGGUACAGGGUUAUAAAGACUUGCCGCCAUUUUGGUUUUAAAUGCAGCGUUAAGGUAGUCUCUAUGGGAGUAUAUUGUAUUUAAUUAUGAGGUAUCAGAGUUUUUAGGGGGUUAACCAGGCUGGGAUAGCAGGGAUAGCAGGGAUAGCAGGCUUGUUGGUUUUUGAAUGUCUGAUGUAGAUUUUUUCAAUUUCGUUGUUCUGUAUGGGACAAUGACAAUAAAGAUUAUUGUAUCAUAUUGUUAGGCUAAGCAAAAGUCACAGCCCCCCGCCCAGUGAACUUCAUGACUAAGGAGGGCUUUGAACCCUGGCCUAUUAGCUCCUACUUCACCUCUCAAAUCUCUGCGGCACCUUGACUUGUAACCGCUCAGUCCAAGCACCUUAAGAGAAUCCUGAUUCAAGUGCACUAUAGCAGUGUCUUGGUUUGAUUUAUCACCAUUCUUGAAUCAUUUCCUUGUCUUGCCCUUUCCCCUGUGCCCACAGGAUUCUUCCCCCACCACCACCACCCCCCACCCCGGUGUUCUUCAUUAGUUUGUGAGGAAGGCGCAUAUGGCAUGUUUGCUUCCCAGUGAGAUCUGCACAGUGAAUUGUGCACUGCAAUGCACAAGGCUGCUCAGAGGGUGUGUGCAUAAUGUGCCAUUUUGUGUCCACAUGGUGGUUCUGCAUUGGGGGAAGCCUUUCGAAGAAGAAAGAGAAUGCGUUCAGAAACUUCCACUAAUUAGUUUUUUGUGUUGCCUUAUUUCCUAGAAUAUAAUUUUAUCCAGUGCAGCAGAAAAGGUAAGUGUGUGUGUGUGUGUGUGUGUGUGUGUGUGUGUGUAAUCCUGCAAUGACUAAUGGGUGCUUCACAUUCGUGCUUCAUUGGAGGACUUGGGUUGCCUGCAGAAAAUCCCGGGUUCGAUCCGUGGCGUCUUCCAUUAGAACUGGGGUUGCUUUCUAAAAUCCUGGAGAGCUGCUUCCAAGUCAUUGAAAACAAUACUGAGCUAAAUGUACCAAGGAUCUGACUCUGGUAGCUUCCUGGGUUCCUUUUGAAUGAUCAUCCCUUUGCAUUUAUCUUUUGCUAACCAAGGAGCAUUUGCACACACAUGUCUUCCCACACACUCCAUUUCGUUUGGGGAAACUCACAUAGCCUUUACCUAAAAUUCGGUAUUUCUUUGGGUUUUUUUCCUAGCAACUCCUAGGCACAGCGAAUCCCUGGUCAUUGACCAGGCAGUCUCAGACCAAUGGGGUUGGGAGUCCAGCAUCAUUUGGGGGGCCAAGGGUGAAGAACACUGCCCUAGCGUAUACAAUUGUGUGUUUGUCACCUAGCAUCCACAUGCGUAAUGGCUUUCUCUUCCGUUGCAGCCUCUACAACUACGAGGUCCGUACGAUGUGGCGAACCUGUAUCCUUUUCAAGUGUGUUUGUUAGGACCUUCAGAACUUUGCUGCCUGGGAUACAGCUGUUAGCCUCUCCUUGAAAGGGUAAAACUGUCAGCAGCAGAAUGCUCAUAAAUGAUCCUGCUUUUUGCGAGAGGAGUGAAAGGUCAGUUUGUUUGGAGAGGAAACAACACAAGAGAGCCCAGAUACAAGGAAGGGCUGUGUAGCGAUGGCAGGAGACAAGGUGUGAGGCUGAAGCAGUGCUAGGAGGGUGAGAAAGUAGCUGGAAAUGGAGGAGGAAGACAAAGCAGAGAUUUGAAAAGGAGGGUGUCAUCGAAAGGGUGGUGUAGAGGGAGCACGGAGCUGAAAAAGAGAAGGACUAGGGAGUGAAGGGGGGAAAUAAUCUCCUGGGGUUUUCUUGUACAGUGAGCCAAAUGGGUCCUGGCUGACGGUGGACCUUCAGGAUUCAGCCAGGACAGAUUGAUAGUUUAGGGUUGGGAGUGACAUUCAACAUUUUCUCUUUUAAAAGCCCUUUUUAAAAACCAUACAGUGGUACCUCGGGGUAAGUACUUAAUUCGUUCCAGAGGUCCGUUCUUAACCUGAAACUGUUCUUAACCUGAAGCACCACUUUAGCUAAUGGGGCCUCCUGCUGCGCCGCAAUUUCUGUUCUCAUCCUGAAGCAAAGUUCUUAACUCAAGGUACUAUUUCUGGGUUAGCAGAGUCUGUAACCUGAAGCGUAUGUAACCCGAGGUACCACUGUACAAUCCACACACAGGUAUAACAAAGUGGAAAACAGAAGACCCAACCCAUAAUAUUACUAGAAUAAUGGGCAAGGGUUGCCAAUUAAGAUAAGGCAUUCUAAGAAAGUUUAGAAGAUUCCCACUCCAGUGCCUCAAGAUUCCUUUUUGUUGUUGGGCAGCCAAUAAAUAGAACAGUCUCCCAAUGCCUUUGUGUGCAACAUCCUGUAAAUGCUGCAAAUAUAUAUUCUUCUGACUCUCGGUGGUCGUACACUAGCUUACUGUAGUCAUAUGGAAUAUUAAGAGACCAGAAUCACGGGUAUCUAGUGCUGGUGUUUCGGUUCUGAUGUUUGGUUGUUGCAUCAAAAAUACUAAAUGAACAGAAAGAUCCAAACCUGCCUAGCUAUCCUUGAAAAUGAAUCUGUAUUUAAACACCUGUGACCAGAGAAGCAGCUAAAUGGUUCAGAUCAUUGUUUGGAAUAUGUGCCACAACCACCCCAAGUUAAAAUAUUGGUGUGGCCAACCUGUGGCCCUCUAGAAUGAUGAUGCUGUCCGUGCUGGCUGGGAGCUGCAGACAAAUAGCAAUGGAUGGUGGAAAUGUGGUCUUAACAACAUCAGGAGGGCUGCAGAUUCCCCACCCCUUUAAUUUGACAAGCACUUUUGUCAGACAGGUUAUUCUGAUUUCCAUCCUUGCAAUAUCUGGGGAGCUGAGAGUGAUUUCAAGAUGCUGAACUUUGGCAACUUCAGUACUGCUUCCUGUGUACCACAGUAGCUUUUGUAGGUUGGUAAAGGAGCUGUGCUUAGCUAUGCCUCAAGCAUGUUUUGCCCUCUUUGUGCUUGAAUAUCCUUAACGAAAGUGGAAAGAGGGUGGCUGUUUGGCUUGUCUGAAAGCAAUGCCAAGGCAGCAGUUUCUACGAAUGGCCGAGCAGUCCUGCUUCAUGGAGGUAAGCUGGAACAGUAACUGGGAUAACGAACGUAUUUGCAAGAAUGUCCAAAGUUAACAAGUCUGAAGAAGUGAGCAUGCACACGAAAGCUCAUACCAAGAACAAACUUAGUUGGUCUCUAAGGUGCUACUGGACAAUGUAUGUAUAUAUAUUUCUACUGCGUCACACCAACACGGCUACCUCCCUAAAUCUAAGCAAUGUUUUCAUAAUGUCUAUUUAAAAAGUGCAAUGUGGGCUUAUUGUAACAUAUUAAAAUCACAGGGGGGGAAUCGUAUAUCUGUGCUAAUGUAAAACUCUUGCUUUAUUUAUUUAUAGUAUUUCUACCCGCUCUUCAAUGAAUGUGUUCAGGCCCAAAGCAGGGAACAGAAGUCAUAGGAAAAGUCACCGGGAAAGGGGGGGGGGGCAAGAUACAUAAAUUACAAAACCGUAUAAACAGGUCCAAGAAACAAUUUAACAAUCUCCCAUAAGGUAAACAAGCAAAACUACAGCAUCAAAAUUAUUUCCAAUUUAACCAAACACCUAGGUAAAAGUAAAUAAAACAUUCAAGCAGAUUGAAACAGAAUAAACAACCGGUGGUUUGAGCAGCAGUUCCCACCCGAUUUUUCCACUUAAUGCAGCCCAACCGUUCCUUCUCUGUCCGUCACACAAAGUGAGCCACACUCUGUGCCAACAGAUUCUCACUCUGUGGCUUUUGAGUAGCUUAACAUCUUUCCCCCACACCCUCCACCCAUCCAGGCCCUCACCCUGAGUGGUAUAAACAGUGUCAGAGCACCUUUUCUGGUUUAGUUGCAGUUCGGCAUUUAAAACGCCGUGUUCCCUAGACUAGGAUUUCUUGGCACGAUGCGCUCAGAAGUUGUUGGAGCACGGCUCCCCUCAUCUGUGACAUUUGGCCAUGCUGGCUGGCGCUGAGGGAAGUUUUAAAGUCCCAGUGACAGCUGGAGGGCCACAGGUUCCUGGCCUAGACUACCAUCCUGGAUGAGCAGGGGAUGUGUCAGCACUGCCUUCAUUUAAAUGGUUCCAAAUAAGUGCUUUGACUUUAUAGGUCUGUGGAGCUCGGGAGUGCGCAGAAUGGUUUGUGCUGACCUAGUUUCUAGGGCAUCUUGCAAGAGCCGGUUGAGUUGCCCUGUUCACCUGCCCAGUUAGUCGCAGUGUUAAUAAUGAUGCAAAGGCUGCCUAUCUUGCCUGGUUGUGGCUGACAUACCUGUAUGGGUCUGUUCAUGUGCCGCAUUUCAUCUGGUCCCUUUUUUGAAAGCAAAACGCUGCCAUGAUGGUGAUGGUAGCACUUGCCACUGCAAUGGAUCAGCUCCCUUAGUUGUACAGGUGUGGUCUCCUUGGUUGAAGUCACUAUAGCACAGUGGUGUGCAGCCCUUGCCUUGUACCCUUAGCCGUGCCUCGUUCUGGGUGCCGUUCUGCAAGCCAGCAGCUUGUGAUUCGGGGAUCCUUUCUAAAUGUCUCCCUCCGUUUUGAUUUCAGAAGCCCGGAAGACUGCCUCUGGCGUAGUAUACACCAAGAAAAAAGCCCGAGCCACAGAGGAAGAUGAGACUACUCCAGUCAGUAAAAAAGCCAAGACCGCUUUGUGACAAGAAGGCUCUUUUCAGGGGAGCCCAUCAAACCCCUAACCUCUAAAAUACCCCAGUUGCAUGGCUUGAUGAGAAUAGGGUGUUUUAUGAUUUGACAAUUCAUUGUGGGAAAGCCUUAGUGGAGUGACUUGACUGUGGACGCCGGGGCAGAAAAUAAUUUUGGAUCUUGAAGGAGACACUCCUCCUUAGCUUCCCAGUGGAAUAGAAAUGGGAGAUUAUGCACACUCUCUUUUAUGAUGAAGCCUUUUGUACUGAAGACUUUCUUUAUUUUUUACCAACCCUUUUGUUUGGUAAGUUUCUAGGACUCAAAUCUCCCCAGAUGCGUAAUCACCCUGAUCGCUGUCAAAUCAGUUCAUGCACGCACACACAAAUGAUUGCAGAGUUUUCCUGGCACCUGACCACCGAAUUAAAGUCACAAGUUGCAACUGUGAAUUCCAAACAGCGGAGCUGUGAGCAUAUUCUAUUGUUUGUGCCCAGGGAAAGAAGUUGCAUACUCUGCAGUGGGAGCUGAGGUUAUACAUUUGCUAGCUGUUCCUUAUGUGUGUCUAUAGUAGGGAGAGCUGACCAUCUAGAACAUUUUGGGCAACUUGCAUUAGGUGCUGUGCAACUAGAGUGGUUUCCACUGCUGUUGCUGCUACGUUUUUAGCUGUUUGUGGAACGGCAACAAACCUGCUGCAACACUGGUAAAUUUCAAUGUUUUUCUUUAGCGUGGUCUGCCAUUUUCCUAUCCACACCAGUGGAUGGAUCACAGCUGAGUGUAGUAUCCAUUGCCUGAUGUAUUUGUUCCCCCCUCAAAACUAUUUGAACAUGCACAAUGGUUGUUUCACAUCCAGAGCAAGGGGCCAUUUUGUUUGUUUGUUUGUUUAUUCCCCACCCCAGCCACUCUGAGCGGCUCCCAACAGAAUAUUAAAAAC